UAGAUCGCUGCUAUAAUACAAAGCAGUAAAAAGCGGGUCGCCUCACACAAGCGGCUGCAGCUCGACUUGAACAUCCGACGGGUUUGGUUUUUUUCCCCCUCCUUAUUAUUUCAUUUGGUUUCAGCUUGCUCCUUUAGAAGAGCAAAGAAGAAGAAGAGGGCAAAAAAAGCCUCCUUGGAUGUUCGUCCCCUUCCCGUGCCAUUCAUUUCCGCACCUGCUGCCGUAGAAGAGAACCGGAGGGGGGCGAGCGACAAGGGCACCGAGAGAGCCGGCAAAGGCGCACCGAGUGGCGGCCGGCCACCUCCUGAAGGACACACACGCACCCACACCCACACACUCACACACACACACACCUUCUCCCUCCUCCUCCCCUCCCCCCCCCUCCCCACCCUGUUCAUCAACAUGCUGCUGUGGAUCAGAAUAGUCCUGGUCGCCGUCGUCUGCUCGUCCUUGGCCGUGUCACCCGGUAUGGGAUGCGGACCGGGCCGGGGCUACGGCCGCAGGAGGCACCCCAAGAAGCUGACACCUCUCGCCUACAAGCAGUUCAUCCCCAACGUGGCCGAGAAGACCCUGGGGGCGAGCGGCCGCUACGAGGGCAAAAUCACACGCAACUCGGAGCGAUUCAAAGAGCUCACGCCCAACUACAACACGGACAUCAUCUUCAAGGAUGAGGAGAACACCGGCGCCGACCGGCUCAUGACUCAGCGGUGCAAAGACAAGCUGAACUCGCUGGCCAUCUCAGUGAUGAACCAGUGGCCCGGCGUCAAGCUACGGGUCACCGAGGGCUGGGACGAGGACGGCCACCAUUUCGAGGAGUCCCUCCACUACGAGGGCCGGGCGGUGGACAUCACAACGUCGGACCGAGACAAGAGCAAGUACGGCACGCUGUCCAGGCUGGCGGUGGAGGCCGGCUUCGACUGGGUCUACUACGAAUCCAAAGCCCACAUUCACUGCUCGGUCAAAGCAGAAAACUCCGUGGCGGCCAAGUCCGGAGGCUGCUUCCCGGCUACCUCCACGGUGAGCCUCCAGGACGGCUCCACCAAGCCGGUCAAGGACCUCCAGAGCGGGGACAAGGUCCUGGCGGCGGACGCCAGCGGCAAGCUCCUCUUCACGGACUUCCUCACGUUCAUCGACCGAGACUCAAGCACGCGGCGUCUCUUCCACGUGGUGGAGACCGACGCCGGCCACCGGAUCACGCUGACCGCCGCGCAUCUCCUCUUCGUGGUCGACAACUCCACACGGGGAGCUUCGGCGGUGUUCGCCAGCCAGGUGCGGCCGGGCCAGGAGGUGAUGGUGCCGGACGGCGCGCGGCUCCGACCGGCAACCGUGGCGCGAAUUUCCACCGAGGUACACGUCGGCUCUUACGCGCCGGUGACCGCGCAGGGCACGCUGGUGGUGGACCGGGUGCUCGCUUCCUGCUACGCCGUGGUGAACAGCCACGAACUAGCGCACUGGGCCCUGGCGCCGCUCCGGCUCACCUAUUGGCUGUCAUCGGUGCUCUCCUGCGCGCAGGCCCCGAACACUGCGCGCGAGGACGGCGUGCACUGGUACUCCAAAGUGCUCUAUCACUUGGCAACGUGGCUCUUGGACCCCCGCGCCUUGCAUCCACUCGGCGGCGGCGGCGGCGGCGUGUCCAGCUGAAAGCAGACUUUACCACACACAAAAACAUAAAUACAAGUCAAAAUAAACUUAGGACUCUUCAGUAGAUGAAAUAACGAUUAAAAGAGAAGGAAAAAAGAAAGAAAGAAAGAAAAAACCUUCGACAAAGGCCCCA